GAUUGCUUUACAUGUUUAGUAACGAAUGUAAACAUACAGGUAAAUGUAAACAACGAUUUGGAAAAGCGGUACACAAAGAAAUCGUAAAUAUUAGUUGAGCAUGAACCAAAUAUGAUAUAACAUUGUUUGUAUGCUUACAAAAUCAAGAAUAAGUCAACAAAGCUAUUGGAUAAAAUCCAAAUUAAUAGAUAUCAACAUGGAAGAAAGCAAACAGCCAAAAAAAUAUAAUUUACGAAAACGUCAAAAUAUCACCAAAUCAGGUGGCAAUAAAAAUGGACACACUAUCUCAGAAGAAUCUAGUCCAAAGUCGAAGUAUUCAAAGAAAGAAGACGAAUACUCUGAAACAGAAAUGAUCUCGUCCCGUAAACCAUCAAUAGAACUGCUAAAAGACUGGCAAAUCAUUUACACUAGACUCCAUCAAGUAUCAACCAUCUGCUCUGUUGAUGACUAUACGAUGUGGAUAGGUAGUCCUAAAAGCAAUCUGUUGAAGGUAAAAUACGACCUAGUCAGAUCUAGCACGAUCACCUAUAUAAAAGAAUUCGAAUACCCGGAUGUAGACUUUUAUGAUUUCUGUUACGACUUUGACGAUGACAGAAUUUUAUACAGUGAUCGUAAAAAUUCCAGUAUCACUGCAAUAUCUUCCGAAUAUGAAAUAUCUUUAUUCAAAUCUUUCCGUCCGUUAAAACCUACAUGCAUUACUAUUUCGUCUGAUAAUUAUAUUUUUGUCGGUCUUGUGAACAAAUAUUCAAACGACGAAUCACCAUCUAGAUCGAUAAUUAAGAUGUGUAAAGACGGAACAGUCUGUUUAAAAAUUGACUCAAUUCAGGAAGGGAAAGCUAUCUUUAUAAUGCCUCACCGAUGCAUAGUGAAUAGUGUCAAUAAUAACAUUAUUGUAGCUGCUUUUGAAAACUCAAAAUCUAAAGGAAAGAUAAUAGUUUUCAAUGACGAAGGACAGGUUAUCUCUAUGUAUACAGAUGACAGACAUGGUGUCAAGUUCUGCCCAAGUUUCGUUACGUGUUCACCAGUAGGUGACAUUAUAUGUUCCGACGAGAAGAGUGGUGAUAUCCUCAUGUUCGAUAGCCAAGCAAAACUCCUCAAUGUCAUAAAAAAGGGAGAUUGUCGAUUAUAUGGCAAUCCGUACAGUAUGGCUUGGGACACAAAUGACCAAUUGAUAAUUGGAACGAAAUCUAAUCCGUCUUCAAAAUCCACUGGUGCUAUACAACUAGCACGGUAUAUUCAAGACACAGAGAGUAAAUGAUU